UUUUGAUAUUCAACACAGUUGAAGAAAAAUAUCGAUAUCAAUUGACCAAACUUGCCGCCACUAGUUGCCAAAAUUGAUGCAAAACCCGACAACACUACAUUUACGGCAUAUUUAUAAAAACAAAUAUUUCGAAAAUAUAUGUAUUUUAUUUAAACUCAAAAUAGCAAGGCCUUCUUAAAAGUUUGAUUUCAGCUACGCCUAUCAAUUUUCAGCACAACUCUAUAAGAAUCAUAUAGAACUCGACGUAGUCUCUACAGAGAAAUAUAUAUAUAUGUACAUAUACAUAUCCUUAUAUAGAAUUGACUUGAAUCAGGAUUAUAAGUUACAAUAAAAGCAAGUCAUGGCCACCGAAGUGACUACAAAGCAACGCAUAGAACGCCUUAUAGAUGCUAAGAAGCAGCUGGAAGCACAAAUCUCUAGAAAUGGACAAAUAUUAGCCACUAACGACAAUGUGGGAAUGAAUGGACCUCUGGUGGAUCCUGAGGGCUUUCCACGCAAUGACAUCGACAUCUAUCAGGUCCGACAGGCUCGUCAGACAAUAAUUUGCCUACAAAAUGAUCACAAAGAACUAAUGAAUCAAAUCCAAAGCCUGCUCAAUCAAUAUCAUAGUGAAAUUGCCAACACAGAUCCAGAGUUGGUGAAUCGUGCCUCUGCCUUAGAUCUUGACGGUGAUCGAACGACUGGUGGUUCUGCUCAACAGGAAAUCAACACACGUGUCAUAGUUAUGGUGAAUCUAGUCAGCCCUCAUUCACCAGCAGAAGAAGCGGGUAUUCGUGUUGGCGAUAAAAUUCUUCGUUUUGGCUCCAUUAAUGGCAACAAUUUCAAAAAUGAUCUCAGUCAAAUUGGUGAAAUUGUACGAAAUAUGCAAAACCAGAAUGUCCAUCUGAAAGUGAAGCGUGGCGAGCAAAUGUUGGACUUAACUCUAAUACCAAAAACCUGGACUGGACGUGGUCUUCUAGGCUGUAAUAUAGUCCUGCCCCCAGAACAAAUGGAAUACUAGCCUAAUAGAAUAUGCUACAAAUAACUUGUUUCUAUAAGAAUGCAUUGUUCGGAGAAAAAAUAAAACAAUGUUACCACAAA